AAAGAAGAACCAUAGCUGAAGACUGUAGUCAAUCUCGACGUUGUGACCGCUUUAGAUUUAAGGUCGAUCCGGAUCUGCAUAAGCGUGAGCACCAACUCGACCGCUAUUCAUUUAUAAGCUCCAGUGAGAAGUUGCGACCACCACGUCGGUCGAAGUUAAUAACACAAGGAAAAGGAAGUCACGCGAUUGAAGUAAUAAGGAUGAUGAAACAACACGGUUGAUACAUUUAAAGCGUUAAUACGUCUCGAACGAACAGGGUGCGAUUACACACAUAGUUACUAAAGUACACAGACGACUGGAAUCGUGUUCUUAUUAAAUGUACUGCUCAUGCAGCUGCUCGGUAAUCUAACAGCAACGACUGGAGCAUGGCUGACGAAGGAUCUGACGCAUCUAAAAAGGAUGAUAUCCUAGAGGACAGCAAUGCUGACAGCAAAGCCGACAGCAAAGUGCCAGAUGAAACCAAAUACGAUGAUGCUGAUAAAAUUCCGACGAUAACUACUACGAAAAAUGCUUUAAUAACGACGCAACUGGGACCGUGCGAAGCCUAUCCGCAUUCUGUCAAAAUUUCGAUCGUGGGUGCAAGGAAAGUUGGAAUGGCUUGUGCUAUCGCAAUUCUGAUGAGACGGAUAGCGAGUGAGGUCUGUUUGAUCGAUCAAAAUUCAGACAAAGCUUCUGCCGAAGCCGAGGACAUUCAACACGCUGGUAUUUUUCUGGGAUGCCCUCUGGUAGUUGGCACAUCAGAUAUCUACAAGGUAAAAGAUUCGACGGUAGUAGUAAUUGCGGUUUGUGAAAAGAAACUUGAAGAGGAGGUCAAUGUCAAGCACAACAUCGAGGUAUUCAAGAAGAUCAUUCCUACAAUUGCAAAGUUGGCUUGCAAGGCGGUGUUACUAGUUGUGACUCAACCGAUCGACGUGAUGUCGUACAUCACUUGGAAGUUAUCCAAGUUUCCUUCAAGCAGAGUGCUUGGCACGGGUACUCUGCUUGAUAGCUGCAGGUUUCAGGAUUUACUGAGUCGCAAGUUGGGACUGGCGCGAACGUCAAUCAAUUGCAUGAGUAUCGGCGCACAGGGCGACACAUCUGUUUCCAUAUGGUCGAGCGUUCACGUGGCGGGCACGAAGAUACGAGACAUAAACCCACAAAUGGGAGAGGCGGAUGAUCCCGAGAAGUGGCGUGACAUUUCCGAAGCUGUAAACAAAACCGACACGGAGCUUAAUCGGAAGAAGGGUGAGGGAGGACCGAACUGUUGGGCUCUCGGCUUCUGCACUGCUGAGAUCAUCGAUGCCAUCGUCAGGAAUACUAAAGUCGUGUUGCCAGUGUCGACGUACAUACACAGUUGUGCCCACGGGACCGAUAAAGACAUGUACAUGUCGGUACCCUGUGUUCUCGGUCGGGAAGGUGUGUAUGCCACGGUGCGACAGAAGCUGAACGAACAGGAAAAGACGGCGAUACAACGGUGCGCCGACAGCAUCCGCGAUGUGCUACGUGAGUGUGGCAUUCUUCGCGAGUCAAGCGACAUUGAAGAAAAUAUUCACGAUGUCAAGCGACUUUUGGUUUGCUUAAAUUAUUUGGUGUUGUACCUCGAAGUAGAAGAAUAUCCAUGUAUCGCGGAUAUGACCGAAACGAGAAAGAAAUUACCUGAGGUAGCCAGCAACACGGUAACUGUUUUACUGGCCAAACAGGCAGAACAUCUUGUGGAUGGCCAUCGUGUCAAGGUCGUCGUCGUGGGCAGUGCGCCUAAGGGUGUUGCGGUCGCUAUAGCUAUUCUAUUCAAACGCCUUGCCUCCGAGCUCGUCCUCAUAGAUGUGAACGAGGAUCUCGCCAAGGCAGAAGCAGAAGACAUCAGCCAUGCGGCAGCAUACCUCGGCAAUCCCAGAAUUGUCGGUACCAAAGGUGAAGCCCGAUGGGAGGAGGUUGCAGAAAAAUACGAUAAAUCAUCCAACAUGCAUUACGCUCCGAUAGAUUAUGCUUGUGCCAGAGACGCAGCAGUAUGCGUGAUCACAGUUGGAAGCCAGUCUCGUGAAGAUCUGCGGCCAGCCGAUUAUCUAGAGCAUAAUCUGAAAAUUUUCAAGGACGUCAUUCCUAACGUUUCCAAGUACGCGCCGAACAGCGUUCUUCUCAUUCUUUCAAAGCCAGUUGAUAUUCUAUCGUACGUUGCUAUGAAGCUGUCUGGAUUUCCACCAAAUCGUGUUAUAGGAUUGGGAACGUUUCUAGACAGCUGUAGAUUUCAGUAUUUUAUCGCUCAAAAACUCGGACUUUCAGCAAAUGCGAUUCAAGCGUUAAUCAUUGGCGAGAGCGGACCAGCUUCUGUACCGGUCUGGUCCGCUGUUGCGGUAAUGGGCAUGCCUUUAAAAGAUAUAAAUAAAGAGAUCGGCACUAGAACGGAUCCGGAAUCCUGGAGCGAUUUACAUGCGAAAGUUGUCAAUGCCGAUAAUGAAUUGAUCCUCAAGAAAGGCUAUCACAGUUGGGCAGUUGGAAUCUGUGCAGGCGAAAUUGUUGAUGCUAUCGUGCGCAAUACUUGUGCUUGUUUUACUGUCUCUACGUUCAUGAAGGUUUAUUGAUAAGUUUUAUUAGAACUAUUAAACUUAUGUUUAGUGAUAUUAUUUA